AUGUUAAAAUAUCAAAAUAUAUCACUACUAAUACAUAGAAGUCGACCGAAUAAGCUACCUAUAAUAAUAGAGACAUCAUCAUCAUCGCUAAUACCGUCUGCAUUUAUAUCGACUUCCAAAUUCCAAACUCAUAAACUACUAUUCUACCAGCAAAAGCGACUAUCAACAUCUAAAUCAUUUUUUGAACAAACAAAUCAACCAUCUACUGCCACUACAAAGACGAUGCCUGCAAAUGAAUAUUCUAUCCCCCAUAAAAUUUCCCAGUAUUUAAGUGAUUUAUUAAUAAAAGAGAAUGAAAGAUUUCUUGAUGAACCAAUACAAGAGCUAAUUGAAAGAAUACCAAAUUUAUCAAAUGAAUUGAAACGAUCAAUUGAUUUUGAAAAUAAACUAUUUACAAUACUAUCAUAUGAUCCAAUAUUAAUUGAUCCGAGAAUAUAUUUACACUAUUAUGAAGGUGUAGCAGGGUUGUCUUUAUCAUCUGCAUCAUCGUCAGAAACAUCUUUGAAGAAACUAUACAUUGAACGAUUACUAUAUCACAGGAAAUUUCAUUUAUGUUGGCAAUUAUUUUUAGAUUCUUGUAACAAUAGCAACAAUAAUAAUAAUACUUUGAAUGAGUUGGAUGAAUUCUUAGAAAUAAUUCAUAAUUGUUUAAGAAAUAAAUCUGAUAGUUAUAGAUUUAGUUUAUUGGACUUGAUAAUAAAUUUACCUCAAGAUAUAAAUGAAAAUAAUAUGCUUCAACAGAUCAUCGAUUCAAUGGAAUAUAUUUACCAACCUGAUUUCAAUAUUGAACAGAUAAUACAGAUAUCCGUGAAUAUGAAUCAAAUUUAUAAUUUGGAAGAGUUAGAGAAAUAUUAUUUACAGUGUCAACAAGAUCAAAACCAAAAUACAUUUGAACUUGAUGUAUUAUAUCUUAAACGAGUAAUGAAAUUAAUCUUGCAACAACAGGAAUCGACAACUACAAGCAAGAAAAGCAUUAUUCAAAACUAUUUAUUACAGUUCCCGCAUAUUACUUCCCAGCCUGGUUGGCUAAGUCUGAUAUUCCCACUUUUCAAUUCGUCAACAAAUUUCGUCCCUAAUAAUACUGGCAACAACAAAGUUAAUGAUAAUAAAACUCCAAAUGAAAUUGUUCCAUUUAUAGAGGCAAGCAAAUUCAUUCUCACUGAAAGGGAAACGAAACUAAACGAAUUGGACAUCUUGUAUAUAUUAAGGAGUAACUUAGUCAAACCAUAUACUAUUUAUCUGGCAUACAAUCAAUCAUCAUCAACAACAAUAGUACCAAAUACCUUACAAAAGAAGAAUAGAAAGAACAAGAUAAUAAUUAAUGAAUUGACUCGGAAUUUAUUGAAUGACCCACCGCGAUUACAAAUUAUUUAUAAACAAAAUAUGAAUUUAUUGAAUGAAUCAUUAAUCAUUAAAUGUUUAAAUAUUUUAAUCCCCUUUCUGGAAAAUGCCACAAAUUGUAAUGGAUUAUUUGAUAAAUUUGAUGAGAAAAUUCGAUUAAACAUUAUUAUUCAAUCGAUUGACAUUGUUAAUAAAUUAAAUUGUUGGCAACUUGAGAAUUUGAUUUUAAAAUAUAAUUAUCAUGAACAUAAGUUCACUCGAGUUUUAAUUAAUCAAUAUUUAUAUCUAUAUAAAUCUAAAGCAAUGGGGCUGAAUAGAUUAAUUGAAUUGACAAAAUCAAAACAAAUCAAAUCUAGGAAUGCAUUACUUGAAAUCAAUCGUGCUUCACUAUUACGUGGAAAUGGUAGUAUAGAUUCUACAUUGAUAUGUAUUAUCUUUGAUCGAUUGAUACAAUUGACUGUUCCCAAACAAUCUGAUGGUGGUGGUACUACUGAUGAUCAUGAAACUAUCACUACCAAGAAUAGUCAAUUUGCAUUACAAUUUAAAUGGAAUUUAACAACAAUAGAAAAGAAUAAAUUCCAUCAGACUAUUAGAUCUUUUGCUCAAACAUUAUCAUUAUUGACACCUGAUAAAUUAUUGCAAGUGUUAAUUAUAUUAGGCAAAUAUAUGAGUGAUAAUCAACAAUUUUAUUAUCAUAAUGAUACUGAGGCUAAGAAUUAUUUGAUCAAAUGUUUAACAAAUGAUAUUUUUCAAUUUAUUAAUAGAAAAAUGGGAAGAAAUAGUGUUGAUUAUAUAAAGUCAUUGUUAGAUCAAAUCAAUCAAGAUUUAUUACAUGUUGGUGAACCUAAAGUACUUUAUUGGAUUGAAUAUUGGUUAUUUAAAUCAAUAGUGUUAAAUGACUAUCAAAAAUCAUUGGAAUUAUUGUCUAACCUGCCCGUGGUAAUACAAAAGAGAAAUAAACCAAUUAAUUUGACAAAAUUCAUUCCGGCAAUUAUAUCAGGAAUAAUUGAUAAUAAACAAUUCAAUUCAAUAGAAGAAAAAUUUGAAUUUUUAAUUAAAUUCUUACUGGAUUUGAAAUUAAACAAUUUCAAUAAUAAGCUUACAAUGAAUGCAAGUGUUAAAUUAAUAAAUGAAAUUAUUAAAUCUAGCAAAGGUAAUAAAAUCAAGAAUACACAUGACAAUACUACUAAUAAUAUAAAUUCACUAAAUACCGCAACUAAG